UUCAAUGUUUGUGCUUAAAUUUUGGCUUCACUAUGUUACAUGUGAGCAUGUCAGCUAAGGGAAAGUUACAAGAGAGAGAGAGCUGAGAGAGAUUCUCUUUCUUUGUUUUUUUUUUGGGGGGGGCUGUACUUUCUUUUCUCAGUGUAGAGUAAUCUUCAAAAACCAGCCUUUUCCAGCAAUACCCAGUUGCCAAAAUCCUUCACAUUUUCCUGGUCUUCAAAAAAAAAAAAAAGGGGAAUAUUUAUUUUCAAGCUGUCAUUGUCUGGAGGUAAAAAAUUUUUUGAAAAAAAAAAGAUUUGUAAUUUAUUUUAAUAUCAUUGAUAAUGAUAGCAGAGGAAUUUACAGUGAAAGAACUCUGCUUUUUGUCUGCUUCUCUCUUUGUUGAAAUUUUUUCACUUUACUUGAACUUGACCCCCACAUUCUCUCAAUCUGUCUUUAAAGUUUGAAGCUUUAAACAUUUUUCAUUGAUGGGUGUUUUGAGUUUCUUGCAGAAAAGAAAAAAAAAUGUACCACUCCAGAUCAAAAUCAAGCCUUGACAAGCUGUUUUUGAGGCAGUUUUGAGAGAGUGUUAUUUUUGAGACAGUUUUUUUACUGAUCAGUUUAAGUUUUAGGUUGCGAAAGGUGCGCAAAAGAGAGUUUGUGGGAAGUGUUAAAGAGAAGAAGAGUUGAAUUUUAAGGAAUUGGAGUUAUUUUGUUAGAAAAAUGAGAGAUUUUCCAUCCUGUUUUGGUGAAAAUGGGGUGCAAGUGGCUGAUUCUUCAUCAUCAAAUACUAGUAAAACUGCGCAGAAUUUGGUUACUUGUGUUUAUCAAUGUCGAAUUCGGGGUAGGUCUUGUUUAAUAACUGUUACUUGGAGCAAGAAUUUGAUGGGGCAAGGCCUAAGUGUAGGGAUUGAUGAUUCUGCUAAUCAGUGUCUUUGUAAGGUUGAAAUAAAGCCCUGGUUGUUCUCUAAGCGAAAAGGGUCUAAGAGUUUAGAAGCAUAUUCGUGUAAAAUAGACAUAUACUGGGACCUUUCUUCAGCGAAAUUUGGAUCUGGGCCUGAACCUUUGGAAGGGUUUUAUGUUGGUGUUGUUGCUGAUAAGCAAAUGGUUUUGCUUCUUGGGGACAUGAGGAAAGAAGCUUAUAAGAAGACCGGUGCAACUCCUGUUCCUUCCACUGUCCUUUUUGUGGCCAAGAAGGAGCAUGUUUUUGGCAAGAAGGUAUUUGGUACCAAGGCACAGUUUUGUGAUAAUGGUCAAAUUCAUGAUCUGAUAAUUGAAUGUGACACGAUUGGUGUGAAUGACCCCUGCCUUAUAAUUCGACUGGAUGGAAAGACCUUGAUGCAAGUGAAGCGGCUAAGGUGGAAGUUCCGGGGAAACCAUACCAUUUUGGUUGAUGGAAUGGCUGUAGAAGUUUACUGGGAUGUCCAUAAUUGGCUCUUUGGAGCAUCACUUGGAAAUGCUGUUUUUAUGUUCAAGACAUUCCUCGCAGCAGAAGAGAAGUUGUGGGUUAGCCAACCCAUUCCUAAUCCGAGUACGUUGCAAUGGUCUUUCUCGCAGAGAUUUCAAGAUUCCAAGUCACAAAAUCUUGGUUUUUCACUGAUUUUGUAUGCUUGGAAGAAUGAGUAGAGAGAUUGUGAAGUUCUUUUCAAGUGCUAACAGAAACUUUUAGUGAGUGGUGAUUUUUAUCAACUCUGUGAUUAAUUACAAUUAAUUUGAUAAAAAAUGGGUACAUUUGUUUUUUUUUUUCCGGUUCCCCUUCAGUUUUUUCUUCCUGGAGUAACUUGAGCUUUUAAUGGAUCAAAAACAAUUUUAUUGUUCUUGGUCAGCUGUAUAUCCUUGAUACAUUAGUUUAAUUCUCAAUUUUUGUUAUAUGAAAAAAGAAAAAUUCUUCAA